GUGGCAGUGCGGUAGUGUUAGUCUGUAAUCUGCCGUGAGCGUCAACUUUUCAACUUUAGAUGGGUCGUAACUGAAGGAACUACACAUACUCAGCCAUGAUAUGAAAUUAGUUAGGUGUUACAUUUCCGCUGAUUCAGAGGAGCUUCUUUGAAAACCGCAAAUACCAGAGCUGCAGAAAUAUAGGCUAGAUCCAGAGACAACAGCCGAAAUGAAUCUUGCGGUGCUUUGUGGCACUCUGUUAACUCUGAUGCUUCUCAAUCCAGGUGUGUUGGGAAGCACGGAGUGUUCGUGUGGCCGGAACCAUUUCACCUGCGCGGUCAGUCCGUUCGGAGAGUGUACCUGCAUUCCUGCCCAGUGGCAGUGCGAUGGGGACAAUGACUGCGGAGACCACAGCGAUGAAGACGGCUGCAUGCUGCCCACCUGCUCUCCAGUGGACUUCCAUUGUGACAACGGCAAGUGCGUCCGCCGCUCCUGGGUGUGCGACGGCGACAACGACUGCGAGGACGACUCUGACGAGCAGGACUGCCCUCCCCGCGAGUGUGAGGAGGACGAGUUCCACUGCCAGAACGGAUACUGCAUCCGCAGCCUGUGGCACUGCGACGGCGACAACGACUGCGGGGACAACAGCGACGAGCACUGCGAGAUGAGGAAGUGCUCUGAUAAGGAGUUCCGCUGCUCGGAUGGGAGCUGCAUUGCUGAGCACUGGUACUGUGACGGAGACACUGACUGCAAAGAUGGAACCGAUGAGGAGAAUUGCCCCUCUGACGUCACAACACCCAGCUGCAGCACUGAAGAGUUCCAGUGUGCGUACGGCCGCUGCAUCCUGGACAUCUACCACUGCGAUGGGGACGACGACUGUGGGGACUGGUCCGACGAGUCCGACUGCUCCUCCCACCAGCCGUGCCGCUCGGGGGAGUUUAUGUGCAGCAGUGGCAUGUGCAUCAACGCAGGCUGGAGGUGUGAUGGCGAGUAUGACUGUGACGACCAAUCCGAUGAGAAGAACUGCACCACGUCCAUGUGCACGGCGGAUCAGUUCCGCUGCGCCUCGGGCCGCUGUGUGCGGUUGUCAUGGCGAUGUGACGGCGAAGACGACUGUGCCGACGGGAGCGAUGAAGACGGCUGUGAAAAGACAGAGACCCCUCCCUGCGCUCCUGACCAGUUCAUGUGUGGGAAUGGCCGCUGCAUCGGUCAGAGGAAGGUGUGCAACGAGGCCAACGACUGCGGAGAUAACACCGACGAACAUCCGCACCAGGACUGCCGCCCCAGGUCCAGUGAAGGGAACUGUAAUCUGAACAACGGCGGCUGCUCUCAGAAGUGCCAGAUGGCGCGGGGACUGGUCCAGUGCACGUGCCACACUGGCUACCGGCUCACCGACGACAGCAAGUCGUGCGAAGACGUGGAUGAGUGUGCGGAGGAAGGCUACUGCAGCCAGGGCUGCACCAACACGGAGGGCGGCUUCCAGUGCUGGUGUGUCCAGGGCUACGAGCUGAGGCCCGACAAGCGCAGCUGCAAAGCACUGGGUCCGGAGCCGGUUCUGCUGUUUGCCAACCGCAUCGACAUCCGGCAGGUUCUGCCCCACCGCUCGGAGUACACGCUGCUGCUGAACAACCUGGAGAACGCCAUCGCGCUGGACUUCCACCACAACAAGGAGCUGGUCUUCUGGUCCGACGUCACCCUGGACCGCAUCAUGAAGGCCAACCUGAACGGCAGCAACGUGGAGGAGGUGGUGUCCACCGGACUGGAGAGUCCAGGUGGUCUGGCCAUCGAUUGGAUUCAUGAUAAACUAUACUGGACGGACUCGGGGACAUCACGCAUCGAGGUGGCCAAUCUGGACGGAACCCACCGGAAGGUCCUCCUGUGGCAGAGCAUGGAGAAGCCCCGGGCUAUUGCCCUUCACCCUAUUGAGGGGAAAAUCUACUGGACCGACUGGGGAAACACUCCGCGCAUAGAGUACGCCAACAUGGACGGCUCAAAUCGCAAAAUCAUCGCCGACACUCACCUCUUCUGGCCCAACGGACUGACCAUCGACUACGCCAGUAGCCGCAUCUACUGGGUGGACGCCAAGCACCACGUCAUCGAACGGUCCGAUCUGGACGGACAGAACCGGAAGGCGGUCAUUAGCCAAGGCCUCCCUCAUCCGUUUGCCAUCACGGUGUUUGAGGACAGCCUCUACUGGACAGACUGGCACACCAAGAGCAUCAACAGCGCCAACAAGUUCACCGGGAAGGGCCAGGAAAUCAUCCGCAACAAGCUGCACUUCCCCAUGGACAUCCACACGCUGCACCCACAGAGACAGCCAGCAGGUGGGCAAAAUCGUUGUGGAAACAGCAAUGGAGGCUGCAGUCACCUGUGUCUCCCUGGCAACAAGACUUACACCUGUGCCUGCCCAACAGGCUUCAAGAUGGUGGACAACCAUAACUGUGCCCUGAGUCUUGACAAGUUCCUGCUUUUUGCCCGAAGGACGGACAUCCGUCGGAUCAGCUUUGACACCGAGGACAUGUCUGACGUUGUCAUUAAACUGGCAGAUGUCCGCAACGCCGUGGCGCUGGACUGGGACUCCAGCGACGGGCACAUCUACUGGACAGACGUCACCACAGACUCAAUAAACCGAGCGCUGUGGGACGGCUCCAAGCAGGAGGUUGUGGUUGACACCAGCCUCGAGAGCCCUGCCGGCCUGGCCAUUGAUUGGGUGACUCACAAACUGUACUGGACCGACGCAGGCACAGACAGGAUCGAGGUUUCCAACGCAGACGGCAGCAUGCGCACCGUGCUAAUUUGGGAGAAUCUGGAUCGCCCGAGGGACAUUGUGGUGGAUCCCAUAGGAGGGUUGAUGUACUGGACUGAUUGGGGAUCCAACCCGAAAAUCGAGCGGGCUGGAAUGGACGCGUCCAAUCGCGUCGUCAUCAUUGCCUCCAAUCUGACGUGGCCCAACGGCUUGGCCAUCGACUACCAGACCGAGAGGCUGUACUGGGCCGACGCUGGCAUGAAGACCAUAGAGUAUGGCAACUUCGACGGCUCUGACAGACAGAUAUUAAUCAGCACCCAGCUCCCACACCCCUUUGGCUUGACUCUGCACGAGGACAAGAUAUACUGGACGGACUGGCAUUCCAAGAGCAUCCAGAGUGCCAACAAGCUCACGGGUCUGGAACGCGCCACUCUUGUAGAGAACCUUGAGAACCUCAUGGACAUCCACAUGUUCCACCACCAUCGUUCAUCAGUGCGGACCCCGUGCUCUGUGAAUAACGGAGGCUGUAGUCACCUCUGUCUCCUGGCUCCCCCCCCUAAAGGCUCCAGUUGUGCCUGUCCCACUGGCAUCAACCUCCAGGUGGAUGGCAAGACCUGUGCACAUGGAAUGAGCAGCUUCCUGAUCUUCGCCCGGCGCACAGAUAUCCGUAUGGUCUCUCUGGACAUCCCCUACUUUGCAGAUGUGGUCUUGGCUGUCAACGGCUCCAUGAAGAACACCAUCGCCAUUGGAGUGGACCCUAAAGAGGGUAAAGUGUAUUGGUCAGACAGCACACUGAAGAAAAUCAGCAGAGCCAACAUCAACGGGACAGGCCAGGAGGACAUCAUUGCGACUGGGCUCAUGACGACGGAUGGGCUGGCAGUGGACUCCCUGGGCCGCAAGAUUUAUUGGACAGACACCGGCACCAAUCGCAUCGAAGCGGCUAAUCUGGACGGCUCCAUGCGCAAAGUCCUGGUGUGGCAGAACCUGGACAGUCCCCGCGCUAUCGCUCUCUACCAUGAGAUGGGGUACAUGUACUGGACUGACUGGGGGGAGCACGCUAAGCUGGAGAGGUCAGGGAUGGACGGCUCUGACCGGGUGGUUCUCAUCAGCAACAACCUGGGCUGGCCCAACGGCCUGGCCAUAGACAAGGCCGGUGCUCAGCUCCUGUGGGCCGACGCCCACACUGAGCGCAUUGAGGUGGCCGACCUCAAUGGCCUCAACCGUCGCAUCCUGGUCUCGCCGGUCCAGCACCCGUACGGACUGACCCUCCUCGGCCCGCACAUCUACUGGACCGACUGGCAGAGCCGCAGCAUCCAGCGAGCGGACAAGACCACUGGCACCAACACCAUCACCGUCAGGUCCAACCUGCCUGGACUCAUGGACAUCCAGGCUGUGGACCGCGAGAGGCCUCUAGGCUUUAACAAGUGCAGUCGGAGGAACGGGGGCUGCUCUCACCUCUGCCUGCCCCGGCCCAACGGCACGUCCUGCGCCUGUCCCACCGGCAUCCUGCUCAAGCCGGACGGCCGCUCGUGCGACAACAGCCCGGAGACCUACCUGCUGUUCUCCAACCGCGUCAGCGUGCGCCGCAUCUCCCUGGACACCAGUGACCACACGGACGUGCACGUGCCGGUGCCCGAGCUGCACAACGUCAUCUCGCUGGACUACGACAGCGUCGACGGCAAACUUUACUACACCGACGUCUCACUGGACGUCAUCCGGCGGUCCAACUUGGACGGAACGGGUAUGGAGACGGUGAUCAGCCAGGGGCUGAAAACGACAGACGGUCUGGCCGUGGACUGGGUGGCCCGCAACAUGUACUGGACCGACACCGGCCGCAACACGAUCGAGGUGGCCCGUCUGGACGGCACCGCCAGGAAGGUUCUGAUCAACAACAGCUUGGACGAGCCCAGGGCCAUCGCGGUGUUUCCCAGCAAAGGGUAUUUGUUCUGGACUGACUGGGGUCACAUUGCAAAGAUUGAGCGGGCGUGCCUGGAUGGAUCGGAGAGAAAAGUCCUCAUCAACACUGACCUGGGCUGGCCAAAUGGCCUGACACUAGAUUACGACACGCGCAGAAUCUUCUGGGUGGACGCUCACCUGGACAGGAUUGAGAGCUCUGACCUGAAUGGAAAUCUCAGGCAGAUCCUGGUGACCCCUGUGUCCCACCCCUUCGCUCUGACGCAGUUGAAGCCGGUCUCCUCCCCACUAACUCCUUUCUCCCGCAUCUCACAGCAAGACCGCUGGAUUUACUGGACGGACUGGCAGACCAAGUCCAUCCAGCGCAUAGAUAAGCACUCGGGCCGCAGUAAGGAGACGGUGCUGGCCAACGUAGAGGGCCUGAUGGACAUCAUCGUGGUGUCGCCCCAGAGGCAGAGUGGCACCAAUCACUGCGGGGUAAAUAACGGCGGCUGCACACACCUGUGCUUCGCCAAGAUCAACAGCUUUGUGUGUGCCUGCCCCGAUGAGCCAGACGACAGGCCCUGCUCAACCAUCUCAGGAUAUGUGCCCGCAGCCCCUAGUGGUGGUGGCAACCCUAGCACGCGUGCACCCAAGAACCCCAAGCUCCCCACAGAGAAGCCCCAACGAGGACCUCCAGUGGUCAACUGCACAGAUAAGAGCCUGAGUGUGGAGGGGUGCAUACAGAGCAACGUGGUGACGGCUCCUCAUGGUGAGGGACUCCACAUCAGCUAUGUCAUUGGAGGGGCUCUGACCAUUCUGGCCAUUCUUAUACUCAUUGCCGCAUUCAUUAUAUACAGGCAUAAAAAGUCCAAGUUCGCUGACCCGGGAGUGAGCAACCUGACCUACAGCAACCCCUCAUACAGGACUUCAACACAAGAGGUCAAAAUAGAGACCACCCAGAAACCACCCAUUUACAACCAGCUGCGAUACAAAAAAGAGGGCGUCUGCGACAACAACUACACCAAGGAGAAGAUCCGCAUCGUGGAGGGCGUGUGCCUGCUCUCGGGGGAGGAGCUGUACUGGGAGGACCUGAAGCAGCUGAAGGUGUGCCGCGGAGGAGGGCUGCACGCCUGCAUGCGCACCGACACCGUCUCGCUGCAGGCCAGCAGCGCCUCGCUGGACGACGGGGAGACCGAGCAGCUGCUCCAGGAGGAGCAGUCGGAGUGCUCCAGCAUCAACACCGUCCCCGCCACCACCCCACAGCGCCACGCCUCCACCCACCUCCCCGACACGGGCUGGGCCCCCAACCGCAAGCCCUCCACCGAGAGCGAGGUCUGACGCAGCGGUCGUCGGCAAGAUCAUCGUUGUCGUCGUUGUCGUCGUCAGGCCCAACACGCCGGAACAUACAUGCAUACGAGAACACAUGCGCAUCUUCUACCAAUCAUACAACCUUAACCUGUCGGUCAGUCAGUCAGUCGCAAAGCCCUCCAUUUCUCAUUGUAUAUGACUGAUGCAAAUGGAACCUGUCAGAGUACGACAAACACACACAGAUACACAUACACAGACACAUAUCAAGCCUCUUUUACACACAUGUUCCUAUUCCUCCGCUGCUUAUAAUGACACACAUACGCAAACACACAUGACACACAUACACAUUAUGUAUUCACAUCCAAGCAGGGUAGAUACUCAAGUAUUCUUGUGCAAUUUACAAACUGACAGACUUCCACUCAGACAGACACUCAAACACACACACACACACACACCUAUCUUCCGCUGUUCCUUGGAGACCAACCGGCCCUACAUGCUGGCCCUCCGUCCUGCUUACCCCCCUCACACCCCCGACCCCCCCCCCCCCCCUUGCCCCAAACCCUUCCCUGUAACCUCAACUGACUCAAGGUCGCCCCCUUCAGACAAAAAGACUGAGCUACAUUUUUAAGCUUUCUGAAGUAUGGGCAAGAGCGGACGCUUAACGUGAGGAAGAGAAAUCAUGGACACGUUAGGAGCUAGCCCAGGAGCCUCCAGGAAGAAGAAUCCCGCUUGAAAACAAGCAGCGCUUUGUUGUGUAUUAUAUUGCUUUUCUCUUUGAACAUUUUGAAAACGAAAAACAAAAAGUAUCUGCUUGUGGACUAUGUAACAAACAUUGCUCUCUCUCUCGGUUGACACUCAUUUCAUGCCAUGUCUUUUUUGCAAACUCUAUUUAUGAACUUUUUUUUUUUUUUUUUUACAUGUUUGAGUUGGUCUGUCGAUUUCUGGAGUAUUGAAGAGAAGGAAAGAACUCUUAAUCCUGCUUCCAUUCUUAGGACGUAUCUGUAUUUAUGACAGUGCCAAAGGACAGAGUGAUUACUUAUUCAGAGAGUGCCUCUGUGCUGUCUUUAUCUCCACACAUAAUGUAUACUGCAGAGGAAUGAUCAGAGACUACUUCACCUAGCCCUGGUAGCGGCGUGUGGACAUCUUUUAAACAUCGCCUUUUUCUCCUCCAUCUCUUUGCUCUUCAAAAGAAACUCUGGGCUCGUCCUGAACUUUUAACCAUGUUUUUCAAUUUUUGUGUUGUGUGGUUGGUGUACGUGAACGAAAUGGGAGAUAUUUUAUUAAAGCUGAAACAAUUACUGGUCCUCGGGGAAAGCAGUCUCAAUGAAGAAUAAGUGCCAAACAUUUUUAUUUUCAGUUAUUUAUAUUUCAGAGAGGUCAUAGGCGUUCUUUGGUUUGACCUAAAUCCACCAUCUCAAAAUCUGUAAAGCACCACGCACUUGCAGUGUCUGUAGGCUACUCUAGAAAUACGUAGUUUUCAACUGUAGCUUUCUGUGAAACACAUGGGGCUAUGUACAUGUCUAAAAUGAUACCACUGAUCACUUAUUGAGACAUUCAUUUCUAAGGAAAAAAAGAAUAUAUCUGAUGCAUUGAUGGUGCAUAGUUUUGUACUUUUUGUAAUUGUUGUGGAUAUGCGUAGAGAGUUGUGAACAGGUCUGGGUUGGUGUUCUCUAAACCAGUUAUCUUGAAGUAACUUCAACAAGUUCAGCAUUGUGCUGAUUCGCUGCUAAAACACAUACUCAGCACUGAGGCCACCAAUUCAUGGUCUUGGCAGCUACUUAACCUAAGCUCUCUGAUGGUUGGCAUACAAACGCCCAGAGAAACAGAUAGUGCUCUGUUCAAUAGCAACUCUAACCUGCUUGCUUUUUAUUCACAAAUUUAAAAACUGCUAACAGUCAGUCUUGUACAGAAAUCAUAACGAGAAGUUAAACAAACAAACAAAAAAACAUUUGUAUGUGUUGAAGAUAUUGUGUUGAUUUUAUUGUAUAGUCUUUUGUACAAAGGGAUUUCAUGAUUUGUUUUGAUUUUGUUUGUAUUAAUUUUACUCACUGGAGAGGAACAUUUUUUCUGAAUUAUUUAACCACUUUGUUUCCAAACCUUGUGAAUGAUAGGGUUUAUGCCAGUUAUUUAAUAGAGUGCUCUUUUAUGUUACAAAUUAUUGGUCACAUAUAACUGUUGUAAAGUUAACUGAAAGAGAUAUUUAUAAUUCCUUUGUUUGGUUGUCACUUAUGUGUAAAUAUGAAAAGACUGUAUAUGUAUCCCUCCUCCCUGUUGCAAUACUAACAAGCUGUGUUGUGUGAUUAUAGUGAAUUACACCUUUGCUAUCUUUUUAAUAUAAAACUGCAUUUGCAUUUAAACAAAUAAUGGCGCACGCUCAUUUUCCGCGCAGAGCUUCUGACCGAGAGGAGCCGAGUGUCUUUAAGAACGCCGCCUGUUUGUGACCCAUUUCUUCUGUCUGUUUUAUGAGGGUGUGUUGUGUGAGGCUUACACCACAGAGCCCCAUUAACAUUCCCAGUAAUCUCCUCAUCUGCAACAAAUCGCCCUCUGGGUGGAUGUUUCUCAUUAAAAAGGAAUUAGAUCAAAGUAGUGAUGCUCAACACAAAGAUAUCCACCUAUUUGAGUAAUUUGGCGCAUCAUCUUUGCCCUCAUAUAGUCUGCUGUCUAAAUACAAGUCUCAUUUUUCUUGGUGUUAACCUGCGUAUAACUUUUUGUUAGUGUUCUACAGCAGCAACUGUAGUCAUCAUAGUCAUUACAGACUAAACUUGA